AUGAUUUACGCAUCCCACACCGUUGGCCGAGAAGUUCAGGUCGAGAUCGAGCUUUGGCUUGAUUAUAUCUGCCCCUACAGCCGUAAGCUCUUUGAUUGUGUCUAUUCGCAGGUCAUUCCAGAGGUCGAGGCGCAGUACCCCGGCCGAGUGUCGUGGACGUUCAACCACCAGGUGCAGCCGUGGCAUCCUCAGGGAGCCAUUCUCCACGAGUACGCUAUUGCAGUUGGUAUUGAGAGCCCCGAGAGAUUUUGGCAAUUCAGCAAGGCGCUUUUCGACGAGAGCCCGCGGUUCUACGACGAGGCAGUGGUUGACAAGAGCCGCAACGACCUUUUGAGUGCACUCGGCGAAAUUGCCGGCAGAGUCUGCAUUGAUCACUCCAGAAUUCUCCAGAGCGUCAAUAUUAUGCCUGGAACCCCAGCUAAUAGAGGUCCGCUUACCAUUGCCCACCUCAAGCACUAUGUUAAGCUCGGCCGCCAAAACGGGAUUCACGUCAGCCCCACGGCAGUAACUAACGGGCUUGUUGAUAGCUCAAUCAGCUCGAGCUGGACAACAAGGGAAUGGGUUACCCACAUCGAGGGGCUUUUGGAUAAUUAA